GACGAUUUCUUCCAGAGCACAUCCCCCCCCUUUUUUACCCCCAUUGCCUCUAUUUCGUACAUACGUGCUCAUGCUGCGUGCGACGUGCAUGCGUCAAGCCAGAGAACCACAGAGUUGUGCAAGAGAAGCGCGGUAAACUCUUGAGGAACGGGACGGCAUAUAUCUCGUCCCUAUGCUGGUACCUGCUGCCGCUGCUGUGGCCAUACAUUGAAGAUCGUCUUGCUGCACAACAAGCGCCGAGAGCACGUCAAGCAACGCCCCCUGAGCUUCUCCCCCAAGUCCCGCAGCACCCCAUGAACCCAUGAGGCGAGGCGGGUAACUUAUCUUUGCCGCCCCCAUACAACAAGCUGCAUACACCCCUCCCCUCAUUCCCCUACGAGAGGAGCUCUCCAGUGCAACCGUGCGGAUUGACCCUACCUAUACCCUCCCGUCCCUCUUCUUGGACUUCUUCCUUUUUGCUGCUUUCCCGCCACCGCACACCACCGCACUGAACCUACGCGCUCGCCUAAGCCGAGGACGAUUGCGACGACGACAACGACGACUCAUCAUACUUUCUGUCGAUCAAGAACCGGUACUCCGAGCCACAGCUGCCACAGCCCGCCCUUCUGUGCUUGCCAUCUUCGCCCCGGUUCAUGUUGCUGCAAAAGAUUCUAGGUUCGGCAUUUUGAGGGAACACCGAACGUGGAGGAACGUACCGCCCGGGAACGCACAGCAGCGUCUUUCCAAGUGUCUAGGAGGGGAGCUGUUCCUUGUGAUGGUUGAGGGUUGGAUUGUGUAGCCUCGCUGCUUGUCCUGGUUCGCCGCUCCGCUUCGCAUAAGGACGGUGUAAUUCACCUACUGCUCCGGUCUCCAAACUUCAAGGACUCAGGACAUAUCUAGACCAUCCCCGUUGCCGGCAUGUCUGCUUCCGGUCAUCAUCUUCCUCGGAGCCGUGCUGGGUCGAGCACAUCGGCUCUCGACAAGGGACGGACCGCUCACAUGCAGGACUACGCCAUGGCGCCCAACACCAAGGACGUCGUCAGGUACUUUGACCCGUGUGCAGCCACCUCCAACAUGUUUCUCUACGCCCAGGGAAACUCGGUAGUAUGUUGCCAGCAUGACAGUCUCACCAUCGAAAGGCGGUUCGCGCGCCAUUCCGAAGAGGUGCAGUUAUUGGCCGUUGACAACCAGAGCGACAUGGGCGCUGGGAGAUUGGUAGUCAGCUACGAUGCAGGGCAGACGGCCAUCGUGUGGGAUUUACUCACGGGAGAUGAGGUGGCUCGGUUCGCGUCUUAUGAGAAUCUCACCUGUGCUGCUUGGAUGCGCAAUGGCAAUGUUGCCUUUGGAAACGUACAGGGAAACGUAAUUCUCUUUGAACCUACAACAUCAGAACAUCUUUCAACGAGGACGAUUGACCAAAUAGCCAUCACAGCUAUCUCACCAGUAGCAGACUGCAGGACUUUUGCCAUUGGUUACCAAAAUGGCUCGCUUCUCAUUGCUACUCUUCAGCCAAGAUUUACCAUCAUUCACAAUUUGGUAACGUCCCGGGGGCCAUCACCAAUCGUGACGCUCUCAUGGCAUGCCUCGUCAGCCAAACAAAAAACAGACAUGCUGGCAGUUCAGACAACUGACGGCGAUCUUCGGGUCUGGAGUGUUUCGAAAGCAUACAACACUGACGAUCCACCAAAAGUGGUGCGGAUUUUGAAGAGGACAGAGAAUUAUCUUGUAGGACCCAACUGGAUGGGCUGGAGCAAAAACGGUCGCGUCAUCCAGUUCUCCGAGUCUGAGACAAUAUCAUGGGAUGUGCGGACAAAGCACGUCACAUAUGACACCAUCCCAACACUGGAAACCGUCCGGGGGUUGACAGUUUAUGGCCCUGGUGCCAUUCUCUUCACAUUAGGACCUAACAAUACCGUCCAGCAGUUUGAUUUAAACGCGCCAGCAGUAAUGGUUAAUAACGUACAGCACCCGGCAAACUUGCUUCCACCAUCACCCCCUAUCUCACUCGAGGAUGACAAGAACCAGCCAGGUAGCGUUUCCGAAACCGAAUCGAACGUCGAGAUUGCCUUCCACCCACAUGAGCUUUCCGAGACGGAUGAUGAGCGUGGGUCACCAUUGGCCCGGUUAGUUCGCCGCGGCGAGGAAUCAGACAACGAGCCGUACCGUCGCCCAACCAGCCCUGGCUCCAGUGUCACACAGUCCAGCGUAUCGAUUUCGUCUUCGACUUCUCAAACAAUGCCACGGAGGUAUCCUGACUCCGUGGUGUCAAGGGGCCUCACAGAAAACACCUACAUCUCCACCGGCUCAUCUCUUCGAUCAGGAGUGACACCGGGCCGUGACCGCAGGAAUGAGAGGGAGACGUUGUCGACGACCAGCUCCAUGUCUGUCAGCAGCUCACAAUACCGCUCACGGCACAGGCCUUCCAGAUUACGCCAUGAGGUCCCACGCAGUCCAGAUGGUAACAAGGUUGCCGACCUGUUCAAAUUCACCAAGAGCCGGCUCAUGGAUGUUCCCUACAAGGCCCCAUAUUCCAGCGAUAACAGCCGCCUUACCAACGAUGAUUUGCGCCGGCAAAUGCUCAGCACCAUUUUUGGCUGGAACAAGGAUGCUGACGACCUGGUUCGAGAUGAAAUGUCCCGCCACCCUCUGGGGUCAACCAACCGCAUUCUCCUGGCCAAAUGGCUGGGCGACAUCAGCACUGAUAUCAUGGCUAUGGGGUCGGAGAACAUGACCUCGUCUGACUGGAUGCUUCUGGCGCUCAGUGGCAUUGGAGGACAGGCAUCGCAACACAAGCUUGGCCGGGCUUAUGUCCAGCGGCUGUUGGAGAAUGGCGACGUUCAUGCCGCAGCGACCAUCAUGAUCGGGAUGGGCGAUCAUAAUGAUGCGGUGGAGAUUUACAUCUCCCACAAGAAGCAUAUGGAGGCCUUGAUCCUCACCUGCCUCUUCUUCCCGGCCGCGUGGGAACGACAGGAGCAGAUUGUGAGGAAGUGGGGUGAGUGGGCGGUUCAGCAUGGUCAGCAACAACUGGCCAUUCGCUGCUUUGCGUGUACUGGCCGUGAGUCUACAGAGCCAUGGACAUCACCAUCUGCUCAGCAGGUCACAUUCCCGACGAUCACGCAGACUGUACCGGAGCUGCUCAGUCCUCCCCUGUCGCCUCCUGUGAUGCAACAUGGGCCACAGCGCAGCAUUGCAAAGAACGCAUCUCUCAAGCUUAUCACCACCUUCAGCAACCCCAAUGCUAAAAACAGGUUUCUCAACGAUGGCGAGGGCAAGACUCCCAUUGCUGCUGGGGCGACUCCUAUUUUGGAGUCUGCUCUUUCUCCAGGCGGCGCCGACCCUACCACCGCCGUCCUUCGUGGCAACCGAAGCCAGCUGAACACCCCAGCGUCAGCUCGUCCUGUAAACGGCGGCUUCAACCGGCGGCGACUUCCUUCGAUUGGCGAACAGGCAGACUCUCACCAGAAUGUCUUGACCGCCAUCAGCAAGCCCCCAGGCGACCCGUAUGCUAACAUCCAACCUAUCGAGCCACCUAGUUUUGCUGCUAGGGGUCUGGACGUUAUGAGACCCAGCACCGCCAGUCCUAGCAUGAUGAAGCAGCAGUCGAGAAACCAGCCACCUCCUUCCCCGUCACCAGCCGCCUUUGCUUCUUUUAUGGACGCCGGCAGGACGAGAAAUGGCUCCCGCUCCCGCAUCCCUGAGGGUCUUGAUCUGUCCCUCUCGGGGCUCAAGGACACCCACCCUGAAGAUGUGACCUCACCCGAACCAUCGGCCGGCUCUUCUGUCCGUUACCACUGGCCCUCUAGAAGAAAGGGUCCAGGAUCGGCAGCUGGCUCUGUGGCUAGCUCUUUGGCAUCUGCCUCGCAAGCGUCUCAGGCGUCAAGCGUUCGAGGCUAUCGUGGAUAUCGUCCUCAGGAGAACAAGAGCCUGGAUGACUAUCUCAACAACCUCGAUACUGCCCAAACUAAGAGCAGAACUCGUGGGACCAGCCGUGAGAACCGCACCAAUGCGCGUGACACCAGCCGGUCUCGCAAGGAUGGUCGUAUGGCAUCGAAGGACCGUGGGCGGGCCGCCGACCGUAACUACACCCCCAAGGGCGGCAAACGUUCGCCAAAGUCACCCAUUCCCAUGUCUCCCGAGGAUCUGAUCAACCUGGCCACGCCCAACCACGAUGCGGAACACCAGUACUACUUGAAUCAUAGGAACAAGAUGCUCGAUGUUUCAACUGAUGAACUGGAGCCCGCCAGCCAGCCCAGCACCGUACGAAAAGUAGGCUAUGCCAAUCGCGAGACUUCGAGGACCAGAGCGUCGAGCCGCAAUGCUAGUAGGACACGGGGCACAAGCAGGGCUCGCAGCCCCAGCAAGUCUAACGUCCCCGCGCCCUUGAACAUUCGAAGCCGCUCCGCAAACCGUGAACAGUCAUCCAAGCGAUCGCCAACCUCACCCCAGCCGAUGCCCAUGCCCAUGCCUAUGUCGGCUGACUUGCACCGACCUCAGCACUUCGAAGGAUCUGAAGAUGAGGAGGACUACCGCCAGGCGAUGGAGGAGCGUGAAAGGUUCCGCCAGAGAAACAACCGCAGCGCAAGCACCAACCGAGACCGAGCUGGGCCAGCUUCUCCCAUGUCUGUCCGCUCGCAUGCCUGGUCAUCUAGGGAUGCAGGCCGCGAGAAGCCGGAGGGUAUCCGCAGGACAACGUCACACGCUGGAACUGAUGGGUCUUCCCGAAGGGUCAAGGUCGCUGCUCCGUUGCAGACCCCGGCACCGAUGCAGCUGGUUGCCGAUGAUUCGGGCGAUCUGAGGGUCAUCAAGGAUGAGAGGCAGCUCAAGAAGGAGGCAGCGGCCCGUGAACUGGAGGAGCGCCGCAAAUCUCUUGCUCAGCGUCCUUCGGUGCCCCCAAUCAUGCAUCCCGACCAGCUUUUCCCCAGCAGAAGAUCGCCUACUACACUUGGGGGUCUGCCGAGCACCGUCUACGAGCCACCUAGAAAAGAGGAUCUUCCUUCCCGCAGUGCCAGUGUGGAUCCCAACGCUGGACGGAGCAUGUAUGCGAACCGCGGACCGCAUAUCGGCCUUCCCGCCACACCGCGGGCCAUGCGUUUGGUCUUGGAGUCUGAUGCGAGCAGGAAGCAACAGGAUGUUUCCGUGCCUGCCAUUCCAGCUGGCUUUUCCCAGACCUCGCCGAACGUCACUCAACAGUCGCCCAGACAUUCUCCCAAGAAGGUUGAGCCCGAGGAACCAAAACAAGAAGAUGGCGGCCUUGCCAUGCUGCUCCCAUCAACAGUGUACACACCUCCUCCCUCGCACAACUCCCGCAUUGCUGCUCAGAUGGGCCGCUCCAUGUCCGCCCCUCCCCGCGAUCUCAUCAUGCCCCAAGGCAGCUCCCGAGGACCCUCCGCCAUGGGCAACGAUUCCGCUCGUCGCCCCUCUCAGGACACUAACGCCAUCCCCUCGGGCCGCCGCCCCUCCGACGCAGGCAUGAUGGCUCGCCGCCCAUCUCAAGACACCAACGUCAUGACAUUGGGCAACAUGGGCCGCCGCCCCUCCCACGACGCAAACAUGAUGCUCGGUAACAUGGGUCGCCGUCCUUCCCAUGACGCCGGCAACAACAACAUGAUCCCUCCUCCUCCUCCGCCUCCUCCUCUCCCCCCAAUGCUGAAGGAGCUCCAACAUCUCGCCACUCCGCCUCCCCCACCACCAGCUCCCCUCCCUCAUAUGGCCGCCUCAGGUGCUAAGCCUAUCGUCUACGGAGGCAGCUCAGGAAUGAUUGAGAUUGUCAUGGACGAAGACCAGCCUCAACAGCAAAUUUCUCCUCCUCCUCCUCCUCCGCCACCCCCCGCUCCGGCUGCCAUCCCCGUCGGCGAGUCCACCGUCCCUAUCCUCUCACCUCCGGCACCCCCUUCCUCCAGAAACGGUCACAACAGAGGUCGCAGCAGCGUUGAUAACUCUAUUGGCGCGAGGAUUUCCCGCGCAACAGAGAGGAUGAGAUCUGCCAGCAGAAGCAGACAAGCUGCGAAGAGUCCAGAGAUCCAGUACGCACCCUAUGAGAGCGUCCCAAUGAUCCCUCAACAAAUGGGCGGGGGAGAGAGGGGACCACCGGUGUCGAUGAGCAACUAUAGGGGCAUGAACAACCAGGUGUUGCAGCAGGUCCAGGCGCAGAUGGCGGCUCAGCAGGCGAGGGAUGAGUACAGGACCGGAUUGCAUCAGAGUGAGAUGAUUUGA